AUGGCUAUUUUGAAUGUGUCGGCAGAUGAAAUAAUGUUGCAGCUCACGCAGACCAGGAUAAGUGACUUCGCCCUUGCUCCCAUUCGCGGGACAUUUCAACAAGCGAACUUCGACCCAGUCAUUAGCACCCAGAGCACUGGCCUCCACUUCCAAGGUGCGCGAACCUCGGGAGAAUUUUCGUUCUUUUUUUGGAUGACAGAAUGCAAGAAGCCGACAGAAGAUUGGAGGGGCCUCAAGUUCUGGCCUUAUGGCGCUAUGAUUCCCAAUGCGAGCUAUCCGGCAGUUAAGCCAGACCAUGAUUGCUCAUCCAUACAGGCUCGCCAGCGGGGUGUCAGACUUCAGGGGCUUGAGAACCCUAAAUCAGCAUGUGGCAAGCGAGAGACAAAUUUUGGCCGGGAUAUCAAUUUAGCGUUAUCGAAAGGGAUUUGUUCACCGGCAGACCCAAACAGAGAGAAAUUGAAGGAGGGACCUGAUGCCGAUCGCAAGGGGACCCGCAGGAAGGAUCAGCUUUUGCGCUGA